UCAUUCAGACAGUGACUUAAGACGGCGAGGUACCUAAUUAACAAAUAAACAUUCGUCUGCCAUAUUCAUUUCGGGCGUAGUCUGCUGAACUCGUUGGUUCAGGAAUUCCGGAGCGGUUAAUUUAGUGGAAAAUGUUCUGAUUCUAGUUGCGAACCUGCGUUUUUUCAUCGAUUGUAAGUGCUUCAGUGGUCGAGCGAUUGAAAAAUGGCGAUUUUGUGGCGCUGCGGCGCCCUUUUGGCCCUGAUCGCCGUGGUGGGUGUGUUGGCCCAGUACGAGUGGCAGCCACGGGACGCGUUCGACGAGGUUAAGGCCAAGUUUGACCGUGCCACCGCGGACAACUGUCCGAUUCUGCACAAAUCGGACCUGUUCCUUUCGGACGACACCGUGUCCCACCUGCCGGACAUCAAAGAGUUCGACCAGAAUCCGAUCUUCCCGAAUCGAUCGGCGCUGCUGCUGCUCCACAAUAUGGCGCUCAGUCGGGGCUUCUACUGGAGCUACAUUCUUCAGAGUCGAUUCAUCCGACCCGCCAUCAACGACACGUACGACCCGGGUAUGAUGUACUACUUCCUGUCGACCGUGGCGGACGUCUCCGCAAAUCCGUCCAUCAACGCCUCCGCCAUCUACUUCUCCCCGAACACCUCGUUCUCAUCGUCCUACCGAGGCUUCUUCAACAAGACCUUCCCUCGAUUCGCUCCACGAACCUUCCGCCUGGACGACUUCAACGACCCGAUCCAUCUGCACAAAAUCUCCACGAUGAACACGUUCGACGUGCGCGAUCUCGGGGCAUUUCCACCGGAUUCGGUCUCGCGGGACUACACCCAGGAUCAGUACAAGAUCAACGAUUGGUACAACGCGUGGCUUCCGGAUGACGUGGAUCGGCGUCACGACACCAAGACGACGUACCAGGUGGAGAUACGGUAUGCGAACAAUACGAACGAGACGUUCACCUUCCACGGACCGCCGGGGGCAGAUGAAGAUCCGGGUCCGGUGAAGUUCACCAAGCCGUACUUUGACUGUCGGCGGUCGAACAAGUGGCUGGUGUCGGCGGUGGUGCCGAUUGCGGAUAUCUACCCGAGGCAUACGCAGUUCCGGCACAUUGAGUAUCCCAAAUACACCGCCGUCGCCGUCAUCGAAAUGGACUUUGAGCGCAUCGACAUCAACCAGUGUCCGAAGGCCGAGGGUAACAAGGGCAAGAACAAGUUUGCCGACACGGCCCGGUGUAAAAAGGAAACGACGGAGUGUGAACCGCUGGACGGGUGGGGCUUCCGAAGGGGUGGCUAUCAGUGUCGGUGUAAUCCGGGCUACAGAUUGCCGGCCGUGGUGAGGCGGCCCUACUUGGGGGAGAUAUUGGAGCGGGCUUCCAGCGAGCAGUAUUACAAUGGGUUUGACUGUACGCCGAUUGGGUGGCUGCAGAAGACUCCGAUCGAGUGGUACAGGUUGCCGGCUUACACGCGGGAGAAGUACUUGGCGCACUACUACGAGCACAAGAAUUACAGCAAGGGUGCGAUCUCGAUCCACUCGGAGAAGAUCAACGUGAACGAGGUCCUGAACUUUAUCUUGGGCGUGAACGAGAAGACGUGCAAGAACUUCCAUAAGCAGGAUCUGAUCUUGAAUGGGGACAUUAGCUUUGGAGCGCAGGAGCAGUUUGCGAACGAGGCCAAGAUGGCGAUCCGGUUGGCGAACUUCAUCAGUGCCUUCCUGCAGAUAUCCGACCCACUGGAAGUUUACUCCGGCAAGCGAGUCGCGGACAAACCCCUCACCGAGGAUCAGAUGAUGGGUGAAACGUUGGCGCUGGUCAUGGGUAACUCGCGAAUUUGGAGUGCCGCCACGUACUGGGACCGCAGCAAGUUCCCCAACCGGACCCUGUUUGCUCCGUACGCGUACAAGACCCAGAAGAACAGUCGCAAGUUCAAGAUGGAGGACGUCGCACGGAACAACAAGACCGGCGAGGACUACACCGAACUGCCCUACUUCAAGCUGAUGCGGCAGCGUUGGGCGGCGAACUUUGACUCGCUGGAGAAGUACUACAUGAAGAUGAGGUUAAGACAUAACGAAACUGGGGAGCAUUCGCAAAAGUACGAACACUAUCCGAACUUUUACCACGCGGCCACGAUGCAGCACGGACACUGGACGGUGCCGCAGUUCGACUGCAAGGGAUACGUCAAGAAGUGGUUGAUUACGUACGCGGUGCCGUUCUUCGGGUGGGACAGCCUGAAGGUGAAGCUGGAGUUCAAGGGCAUCGUUGCAGUCUCGAUGAACAUGCUCCAGCUGGAUAUCAACCAGUGUCCGGAUGAUUAUUACGUGCCGAAUGCAUUCAAAAAUACCCACAAAUGCGACGAGAAGACCUCAUAUUGCGUUCCGAUCCAGGGCCGCGAGUUCGAGCUCGGGGGCUACAAGUGCGAGUGUCUGCAGGGCUACGAGUACCCGUACGAGGAUCCGAUCACGUACUUUGACGGGCAGCUCGUGGAGGCCGAAUUCCUGAACAUUGUCAACGACGACCGCAGCCGGUACGAUACGUUCAAGUGCCGGCUGGCUGGGGCCGCCUCGGCCCGGCUCGAGGUGACCAUCUUGGGGGCGUUGAUGGUGCUGUCCUGGUUGUUGUUCCGCCGGUGGAGCCGGUAGGGAGGUUGCAGGAGGUGGCCAUCCGAAAAGAACUGCAAUGAAAGUCGUACUGCUUUCAACGGGAGCUGAGGAAGAAGGUUGAAACGUGAAACACAAGUGCAUUGCCCUAUGGCGUCGGUUAGACGCUCGGUAGAGUUAGGAAUAAGCUGGAGGUUGCAAAUCAGACGCAGUUUGACAUCAUAGGACAGCUGUCAAACCUAUUACAGCUCUCAAUCGACACCUUUUCUUUUAUUCCGACUAUUUUCAAUUCUUAUGAAAAACUGAAGAGAUACUGACAUGGCCGAAUCUAGAGGUGAAAUUUGGAUAUCAAAUUGAAAUAACUUAUGUUAUUCUUCCUCAUCCGUGUGAAAAAAAGUCUUAAAAAACUACAAAA